AUGCACUUAUCAGACAAGCUGAAUGAAGAUCAGUCUAAGGAUUAUGAUUCAAUUAUGGGUGUCAUCCGAAGAAAAGAAAGCAGAGUCUUCUUUGUUGAUGGUCCAGGAGGUACCGGGAAGACUUUUCUCUACCGUGCUAUUUUGUCGACCAUAAGAAGAAAUGGUGGUAUUUCCAUAGCAGCAGCUACGUCUGGAGUUGUGGCUACUAUGUUACCUGGUGGAAGAACUGCACACUUGAGAUUCAAGCUUCCUUUUACCCCAGCAACAACUUCUACAUGUGACAUCGCUAAAAAUGACAAGUUGGUUGAUCUUCUCCGUCAAGCUACUGUGAUUAUGUUGGAUGAAGCUACCAUGGCACAUCGGUAUUAUGUCGAGGCAUUUGAUACAACUAUGAGAGAUAUAACGGGUAACAAGAAUCCGUUUGGUGGUAUGAUUAUUAUUAUGGGAGGUGAUUUCCGUCAGGUUCUUCCAGUUGUACCAAAAGCUUCAAGGGGGAAAAUGGUUGAUUCGUGUCUUACCCGGUCGGAUCUGUGGAGACAUGUAGAGGUUCUUCGUCUGAAGAAGAAUAUGCGUGCAGUAGGCGAUACGUCUUAUUCCAAACAGUAA